AUGAAGCUCGUCGAUCGGGCCAUUACGUACUUGGACUGGAUCUCAGAACAGGCAGCUGACCCUGAUGAGGAGCUUUGGGACGGUGACAUAUCAGAUGAAGAAGUCUUCCAAACAGCGGUUACAGAGUUUGUUGCAGAACUGAAGGAGGCGAUAGUCAAGACAACCGAUUGCUUGGUGGGGUCUCAGAAGCGACGAUUACAAGAGGACUUGCUAUCUCAAGUCAGUGCAGUCGAAGAGGAAGUAAGAAUAGAGAUUAAACAGGACUUCUGGCUGUCGAGAAGCGAUUUAUACAGCUUGGAAGAGGAGGAAAGCCAAUCAAACCAGUCAGCAACCGAGGAGCAGACAGCACAAGCCGAACAAGCGGAAGCAGCAAAAAAGGCCGAAGUAGAUCGACAAAAUAAAAAGAGCGAAAUCCGUGCGAAACUAUUGAAAAAGAGAGUCAGGAAACUGUGGGCGCAUUUGACAAUCUCUAGGGACGAGACUGCAGCAAGCGACUUUCGCAAGGAACAGCUACUGGCCCUUAGGUCCCCUAACGCAAAUGCGCAUGCUGAAGCAGGAAAUAGCGUUGUCCAAGGGCACCUGUCAUCAUUAACAGGACAGAGUCUUGGCAUACUGCGGAAAGGAUUGUCUAACGACGAACAAGGAAUCAUCAAACGCUUUUCGGAAAUGGACUCCCCAACCUUGGACCUCGGGGUCCCUUUGGGCUCCGCAUUGGCUUCCAAAGGAGAUGGCCCUUUUCCGGACGUCACUGGACAGAAUAGCACCAUGGAAGCAGUUGAGAUUGAGGAUAUUGCAACUCUGAGAAAGAAGGUGGAGUUACUUGAGCAGCAGCUUAGUGGUUCUCAGAACCCUACAACUAAAAGGGCCACCUACCAGAUAUUCCACUGCUUGAAAGACCAAGUUGAGGGAUUUUGGGCUACUUAUCUUGAUGAACCAACUUGGUACAUUGAUCAGAAUGAGGGAGCUAGUUUGAGGGCAAGCUCUCUUAUCCAUAAUGUAUCAGGAUAUCUUAAAAAUCAGUUGGAUACAGCAUUUGUGGUAACAAAAUUCUACAAGUCGGUUCAUCAAGAUAGGGCCAAACAAGCUAUGCGAGAUGGCCGCACUCUUCCAAAGCCGGAGUCAUUUGCAGAGUCAAUAAGGCUGUACUCCCAAGACAUGAUUACCGCAUAUAACGAGUUUGUGGACAAGCGGCCAGAGCACGAAAGAAAGGUUGAAGAUUUCAACGCUCACGAGUUCUUCAAAGCUCCUUAUUUGUCAUGGCAUCGAUGUCGUUCACCGACUGUUUUGGAGGGACUCACUUCCCAGAACUAUUAUCUUAUGAAAUUGCUCACGUCUUGGAUUGAUGACAACUAUGGUGAGCUUUAUAAUCGCGCCGAGGAGCAAAGAAAGAGGAGCAUGGUGUCACCAGAGACUUUGCAGUUUCUCAUCCGUCCAGGCGAUGUUGUCGUCUGGAAAGAAAAGAAGGAAUUAAUGGCUGUUAUAGCCGGAAAAUGGCCCAGUCUUAUCUCUGAGCCAGACGCGAACCAUGGGAGUGACUUCAACAAAUGGGCAAAGUAUCCCGAUACAAGCGAAACAACCCCUACUUGGACCUGGAGUUUCGAGUCCCGCGAGAUACAAUAUGACGGCUCGUUUUAUUACCAAAAAGGCACCACCCCAUCAACGUUAAAGGCUAAAUCGCUCCAGAGUGAAGUUUCCAUUACAGAUCUAAGCACAUAUCCUCUGGAGUAUGCAAGCGAUGAGUGGAAGUCGGAUCUUGAGAGAAGAGGGAGAACUUUCUGGAGUUGCCGAAGAAGGCGGCUUGUAUCAUACGAAGAUGACCGGGGGUUUUAUGGAAGCGGCGAGAGGUUCAUGGUUGACUUUGCCACGUACGAAGAGUUGCACUCGGACACGCCUAGCUUCAAGCGAUCAUAUCCCAUGAUUGACGACCCAGAUUGCGAAAGAAUGGUAAGCCAUUCUAUGGAUUCCGAUAAUCCACCAUCCGCCCCAGAAAUCUAUAUUUUCCCCAACUCUAUCGUUGCAUAUAACCUUCGAAGUAAGAAAUGGAUCGAUCUAGAAGUCGAUAAGAUUCGCGAAGUUUCCUGGAACAAAAAGUCUUUCAACCACCUUGUUGUUGAUGCAGAAACCAAGGAGCUUGUCCAUGCUCUUGUCACAAACCAGAUUGCACGUGAGAAUGCGACCGAUAUAAUCGACCGCAAGGGUAACGGACUUAUCAUUUUGCUCCAUGGCGGACCUGGGACAGGCAAAACCUUUACUGCCGAAAGUGUAGCGGAACUAGCAGAGAAGCCGCUCUUUCGCGUAACAUGCGGCGAUAUAGGAACAAAGCCUGAAGAUGUAGAGAAGUAUUUGGAGUCUGUCCUGCAUCUAGGGAAGAGCUGGGGCUGUGUGGUUCUCCUUGAUGAGGCUGAGGUCUUCCUGGAGCAACGGAGACUAACAGACCUAGAACGGAACGCGCUGGUUUCAGUCUUUCUCCGCGUUUUAGAGUAUUACGAGGGUAUUCUUAUUCUUACAUCGAAUCGUGUUGGAACGUUUGAUGAGGCCUUCAAAUCACGCAUUCAGCUCUCGCUUCACUACGAAAACCUGACAGAAAGCCAGCGUCGCCGCGUAUGGAAGAACUUCAUCAACAGACUUGAGAGCUUGAGUACGAGUGACCCAGCAGAUUCCUCAAAGACCUCUACUGCAGCCAAUGAUCCUAUAGACAUUGACUUUGAGGACAUCGAUUGCUACCUUCCGGAACUGGCAAAACAUGAGAUGAACGGGCGGCAGAUCCGCAAUGCGAUCACUACAGCACGGCAGCUAGCCCAGUUCAAAGGAGAGAAGAUGGCAAGCCAUCAUCUUCGGCAUGUUAUCAAGGUUUCGAACAAGUUUGAUGCAUAUUUGAGAAAGGUACAGGACGGGUUAUCCGACGACGAUGCGGCAAGGGGGUAUGGAAUAAGGUAGGACAGGAAAUAGGAAGGAUCACAAAUGAUUAGCUAUCACAUUAUUAAGUUUUCUUUCACAAUUUAACAGCA